GGGAGGGUAAGCAAUGAGUAUGUUUGUUUGGGUUGUUGGAAAUUAAAUGUGAUAUUUAUCUUUUGCAGUGUAUAGUGGAGAGAAUUGUGGAGUUGAAUUAAUUGUGUCACUACGAUUUUUUUAUUGAAGAUGAAUACGCCGGAAAGGUGUAAAAUUUAUUGACUGAUGCAAAGAAGUUAAUUGUCGUGAAGAAUCAUGUAACAGAAGAGGAGAUAACCUUCUUUCUCGGAGUGUAGAACAAGUGACUGCUGCUUCAUCGACUGCUGAAAGACAUAAAGAAGAUGCUCCUGAUGGAACAGUCUGGAUAGAAGCAGUGCCUAAUUCACAAGGGUUACAUCAUGUCAUCAGUGAGAAGAAUAUUGCAGAGGGAAUUAUUUCAGCCAAGUGAUGAACAGCUUGUGGCUGUAGUUCAUGUCAGUAAACCAAUGAAGAAGAAGAAAAUACACCUUUUAUGCAUUACAGUCUCAAAAGAAAAGCCGUUUUCUGUGGCCAUUCACCAGGUUAAAAAGACAGAUAAAAAUGCUUACAAGAAGAAAAGAACCUGGCUUCUUACAGAAAUGAAGUUGUUUGAUGGGAAAAAUGUAUCUGUUGAUACACAUGAAAUGGACAUCCACUUCGACAAAGUGUACAAGUGGGUCGCAGUGAAUGUACAGGAGAGACAAGAAUUCAUAAUGUCAUUAUAUGAAAAUUAUACAAAAUACUUCCCAAAGCAACCACUGCCCUUUCAGAACAUUCCAAGAGACUACAGUCGAGCUCAAAGCAUUCAAGUUCCAAGUGAAGUUAUAGUUACAUCAGGGGGCUAUGCAGAACCAGUGGAAGCAGAGGACUAUUUAGCACUUACAGAUCGUGAGGAAACUGAUUUGGAAGUAUUGAUAUCCCAGUGCCAAUUUGGAAUCAGUAAUGCUGAAGCAUUUACAGAUAUGUUAGCAAAAGACCUCUCUGUUCUGGAUGGUGAGAAUGUGCACAGUGUAUUAGCAUCAGAAAAACAAGUUGAACAACUUAUGGAACAAAUUGAGGCUGCAAUAACAGAAGCAGAACAUGUUGAAGCUAGAUUAAAUUCGUAUGAUGAGGUCCUUUGCCAUAUAAGAGACACAAUGGAAAAAAUGGAGGAAAAGAAUUUAUUAAUAGAAGUUGCAAACCGUAAUAAUCGCAAACUACUGUCAGAGCUGGAACAAGUGAUUACUCAACUUGAUCUGCCUCAUAAGCACCAGUCAUCUUUGGUGGAUGCUGACUUAACAAGUCCUCAGGGCCUGCAGAAUGCAAUAGCAGCAGGCAAGGCUCUGCUGGCAGCAAUGAAUGCAGAAAUUCAUCCGGCCCUUGUCCGCCUCGCUUCUGUUCAAGAACAGAGGAAGAGGUUUGAAAAAUGGAAAGCAAAAUUCUCACAGACAUUGUCAAGACAUUUCAACAAUCUUUUUAUACACCUGGGCAAUGAUAUUGGUCAAACACUGAGUUUUCAUGCAAAUGAAUUGUUAUUGCCAAAACACAAUUCAGUUCAUCGAGAGCUUGAAGUAUAUACAGAAUUAAUGCACUGGUGCAAAGCCAUGGACCGUAAAGCUUAUUUAGCUUUAAGCAAAGUUUAUACAAAUUCCCUUAGCAAAUUGUAUGAAAGAGAUAUUAAACAAUUUUUUGAAGAGGCAAAACAACAGAUAUCUGGAAUGAGGGAACGAAAAGGUAAGGGCAGUGGAUCGAAUCAAGACAUCACAGGGAAGUUGAAACAGCAAGCUCAAAGUUUUGGGCCAGGGAAAACAUCAGCCCCAGUUGGACUCCUUGGAAUGGAACGUGACCAGUGGUGUAUAGAGAUAGAUCAGGCUGAACGCCAGCGGUUUGAUGAAGUACUUGAGAAAGUUUUGGCACAGUUGGAACCUGUUUGUCUUGAAGAGCAAAAUUUUUGCGUCAGCUUCUUUCAGUUGGAUGUGUUGAGCCCAUCUACUAAGAACACCCAGACAACUUUGGAUGGUCUUGGACUGGACACUAAAAAUGACAUGGAUAGUUCUCCUCAGGUCCCUGGCGCUUUGCCCCUGAAAAAGAUGGAAAAACAGAUAAAUGAAGAAGUUCGACGUAUGAUGGGAGACCUGUUUAACUGUCUUGAACCAGAACUUAUGAACUUCAUCUCAUAUUAUGAAAAAAUUGACAGCUUCUACUGUAUGUAUGUAUUGGUACGUCUAAGUCAGCAUGUGAUGUCCGCCCAAGACACCGGAUCGUUUCUUAGUAUGACUUUUGCAUCAGCUUUGGUUCAAGUGAAAAGAAGCUUUGAUCGUUUUAUGAUGGCACAGUUGAAAUCUAUAGAGGAAGCACGUGUAAACCGUAAAAGCAAAUGUGGGAUUUUGCCAUAUGUAGAUAACUUUGAGGAGUUUGCUCAGACUGCAGAAACUAUUUUCAAGAGUACAGACAGACGUAAUGACUUAGACAAAUGGUAUCUGAAAAUAGUAUCGGCCAUGUUUGAAGCUAUUCCACGUAAUGCUGCAGAGCAUCACAAAACGCCACAAGAGGUUGUUAAAAUGGAAAAUUUUCAUCACCUGCAUGCUCUGCUGUCCCAGUUAAAAAUUGCUGUUUUAGAUGGGUUACGAAAAGAAGCAAAACAGAAGUAUAGUGAAGCUCUGAAAGCAUAUGUUACACAGUAUUUUGGAAGACCUUUGAUAAAAUUAAAUUUAUUUUUUGAUGGAGUUCAAGCUAAAGUUGCUCAAGGUGUUAAAGAAUCGGAGAUAAGUUAUCAGAUGGCUUACAGCAAACAAGAAUUGCGGAAAGUGAUAAAAGAAUACCCAGCACGAGAAGUGAAAAGGGGAAUAGAUAAUCUGUAUCGCAAAGUGGAGAAACAUCUCUGUGAGCAAGAAAAUCUUUUGCAGGUUGUCUGGAGAGCCAUGCAAGAAGAAUUCAUACAGCAGUAUAAGUAUAUAGAAGAACUUAUUCAGCGGUGUUACCCUGGCUCCAUGAUUACACUUGAUUUCACGAUACAGAAUAUUCUUGAAUUUUUUUCAGAAAUAGCUAGGUCACAUUAGCAAAUGUUCCUUCCGAAAAUGAAAAUGUGGAAGCUGUUUGUUUGAAAAAAAAAUCACAAAUAGAUAGCUGUACUGUAAGAUCUUGGAAUGGCCGAGAUAACACAGGUCUGUAAAAAAAUAUUUUUGGAAAGUUAUUUGAAAUUUGAUAACUGACUUUUAUGUACUUUUCAGUGCUGAUUUCAAAAAUGCAAUCCAUUUUUUCUAUCAUGUCUUCUUUUCUCGAAAAAAAGGAAGUAUUUUUGGGCAUAAUAACAAAAUUUAAGCAAUUUAUCACAUUUUUUCCAACAUUAUAAAAUUUUAUUUUAUUUAUAAAUCAUGUUCUAAACUACGUAUCCAGUACACUUCCAUUUCUCUUGUGGCUAGCAUUGCUGUCUCUGGAUCACGGGGUCCCGGGUUCGAUUCCCUGACGGGUUGGGGAUUUUCUCUGCCCAGGGACUGGGUGUUUGUGUUGUUCUCAUCAUUUCAUCAUCAUCAACAUUCGUAAGAGAGACUCGAUUCGACUGAGUAAAAAUUGGACUGCGUAAAAAUUGGGACUUUGUACAGGUGCUGAUGACCGCGCAGUUGAGUGCCCCACAAACCAAUCUUUUAAAUCCAUUUCUCUUUAAGCUCAUAAGUCCUUAUAAUAACAC